AUGAAAGAACCAGUUGACUUUGAACAUCCAAGAAGACGUACUACAACUAUCCAUCCAGUAUCGAGAAACGAAAAAAUAACGAAACGGAGGAGUAGAGACUGGCCCAGAAGGCGGUCAACUAGCCAAAAUGUACUCGACCCCUCCAAUCAAACCAGUUCUUUGUCCCAAAUCGACAAACUAGCAAUACGCGGGAUUAGAAGCUUCGAUAAUCAGUCAAUAGCCGUCAUUCAAUUUUAUUCUCCACUAACUGUCAUCGUUGGUCACAAUGGGAGUGGAAAAACCACAAUAAUCGAGAGUUUAAAAUACAUCACAACCGGUGAUUUGCCGCCCAACACUAAAGGUGGUGCAUUCGUACACGAUCCUUCAAUUGCUGGUGAAUCCGUGGUGAUGGCCGAAGUCUUACUAAGGUUCAAGAACCUGGCGGGGGCCAAGUUAAUCGCAAGUAGAAGACUACAGGUGUCCAAGAAGAAAAAUACCGCGCUUACAAUGAAAACACUCGAGGGCACUCUAUCCUACAAUGAUGAUAGCUCUGCUCCCAACUCGAAGAGAAGGACCAUUUCUACCAAAUGCGCCGAGAUGGAUUCCGAAGUACCGCGACAUCUAGGUAUCUCGAAGGCUAUCCUGGAAAAUGUCAUAUUUUGUCAUCAAGAGGAGAGUAACUGGCCGCUAUCUGAACCUGCAAGUUUGAAGAAAAAAUUUGACGAGAUUUUCGAAGCUACCAAGUACACCAAAGCUUUAGAUAAUAUCAAGUCAAUCAAGAAAGAAGCGGCCGUCGAGUUGAAAGUUGACAAAGAAAAAUACGCUGCUCUGGUAGUUGACAAGAAUCGGGCCGAAAAACUUCAAAAUACCAUCGACAAACUUACGGCCGGCAUUUCAGCCAAAAAAGAACAAUACAAAGAGUUGGAAAUCAAGGUCAAAGACCUGGGUGAAUCGAACAAAUCGUUCUAUGAGCAAGCUGCUCGGUUUCACCAGGUUGUCAACGAGCAUUCUACACUCUCCGACAAAAAAGCAAAUAAAGCCAAAAUUGCCGAAGAUCUCAAGGAAGAUAUGGUGGAAAUGGCUGACUCAACUAUGUCGCAAUUACAUGAACAGCGAGAGCAAUCCAAGAGUAGUUUAUCCAGUCAUACUCAACGUCUAGCGAGUGCCAAGUCAGAAUUAGCGACAGUCGAAGGAGAACUUACGAAAUCUCGCCAUAAGCACCAAGCCAAGCUCACCGAAUUCGGUCAACUCAAAGCUCAAGCCCAAAGAAAACUGGCUGCGCUGGGAGAGCGACAGAAAAUUAUAGUCGACGUCAGUUCAACGCAUAAUAUACCCGAAUUCCAGCUGGAAAUAACGAACGAAUAUCAAGUUACCGAGUUUUUUAACUUACUGAGAGAUCGCCAAAAGCUUGUCGUCACUAAGCUUCAGAGCACCAAGACCGCAGGUAAAAAAGCUGAGGAAGAAAGACAAACGGAAAUAUAUGAGCUGAAGAAUCAAAGAGGAGCUACUCAACAGCAAAAACAAGCUUGUUCGGAUCGCAUGAGCGUGAUUAGAGUAAAAAUUCAAAACUUGAUGGAUCAGAUUGGAGGGAUCAAAGUGACUAAAGGUGAUAUCAAAUACUUAUCAGAGAAUCUCGAAGCUAAACUGGAGAGUUCGAAGAAUCUCAAGGAAGAAAAUGAAAACGCCGGUCAUGAUCAAAGGAUCAAAGCAAAGCAGGAAGGCAUUAGACAGUUGGAAGAUGCACGGGAGAACCUUCACGCUGAACUAGUUGGACUAAAUCGUGAAUCCGAUACUCGAGCCAAGCUUUCGUUGAAACGUUCCGAUGUUAUGAGGAAGCAGCAGGGAAUCGAGGCUUUGAUUGAGGAACACGGGGCGAAAUUUCGAGAGUUGGUGAAGAUGGAGUUCGCGCCCAAGACUGCUGAAAAAGAGAUUAUCAGCGUUCUCCGUAUGACGGAGCGUACUCUAUCAGAGGCCACCCAACAUUACACUAAGGUGACGAAAGACAUGCAAACAAACGAGACUAAAUUACAAAUGAACAAGUCGAACCUAGCGUCAACUGAGGCAGAGCUUGAGACUCUUGAAAAAAAGAUUAACCGCGUGACGAAAGGUACAUCGCUCACCUCAGGGAUUAGAGAUACAGAAUUGGAAAUUCAAGAUCUGCAGAGGGAUCUGAAUGCCGUUGGGUUUCUUGUCGCAUUUCAUGAGAAACUACUCAGAGAUUCCAAAGAGCCCAAUAAAUGUGGAAUUUGCCACCGUAUGUUCAAGAAUGAAGAGGAAAUGGCCGUUUUCGAGCGCCACUGCCAAAAUACGAUCGACAGACAACCUGCUGAAAAAGUCCAAAACGAGACAAAGCUACAAGGUUGGAAAGCUCAAUUGGAACGCUUCAAGAAGAUUUUGCCUUUGGACAUAUCGGCAACUAAGCUUCGAGAUACAGAUAUAACAAACUUGAAAAAGGAAAUAAGCACCCUUGAAUCACAAUUUGACAGCGCUAGCCGAAAGGUGGAAGAAGCAAAGAUCAAGGUAGAUAAACUGAAAGAUCUGAUCGGUGAACUCGAAAUCUGCAAGCGCUCUGCCGCAGAUGCGAGUAGAAUGUCUGAAGAAAUUGAUGAACUCCAAAAUGAAAUCAAGAACCUUGAGAGAGAUUUAGAAAGCUCGGGCACCAAAAGGACAGCAGACCAGGUUCAAGAAGAGCUGGAUGAUCUGCAAUUACAAAUUGGGGAAUCGAAGAGAGAGCUUGAGUCCCAUAUUGCCGACCGGGACAGGAAACGGAUGGCGAUACACAACCUGGAAAGCGAAAUUCACCAGUUGGAAUUGAACUUGAAUUCGAAGCGGCAGCAAAAGAAAGAAAGAGACAAUUUCGAAGCUCAGAGGGAGGAUUUCAAAAAAGAAAUUGCUGACCUCGAACAGAAGACAAAAGAAAUUGAAGAAACAUUGAAGAAAUUUGCUGAACCUUUACGGGCCAAGGAGAUUGAGUUAGAAGAGAUACGUGCGGAAAAUGUGGCUGCAGAAGCUGAACAGACAAAUGAACUCCAAAGUUACAAUAAAAGUCUGAGUCGAUUGGAGACUAUCAAUAGUGAAAUCCAAAGAUUUAACGAAAUGGAUAUUGGUGCAAAUUCUGAACGCUGUCAACGAGAAAUUCAAGCACUUGUCGAAAAAAUCAAAGCGAUCACCCAACAGAUAUCGAAACUGCAAGACGAUUUACAGGCGUUGGAUAAAGAGCAAGACCGGGCAAAAGCGCUCGAAAGGAAUAUUACUGAUAAUAUUCGUUACCGAAACUAUAAACUCGAGAUUCAAGAGUUGGAAGACAAAAUAAGUAGAAUAGACGUUGGAAAGGCGAGAGAAGCUUGCCAAAAAUAUGAUGCCGAGUAUCACAAAGCAGAAAAGUGGUUGGCCGACCUCAAAGCUGAACAAGCUAAACUCGGUGGAGAGAUCGGGAUGGAUAAAAACAAUUUGAAAGAAAAAAUGGAAGAAAGGGAAUCUGAUUUUAAGGAUAUCAUCAAACGACAUCGGGCCCAGCUAGUCAAAGUUAAGACUGUCGAAAUCGCAAAUCAGGAUUUAGAUAAAUACGCUAAAGCUCUCGACCAAGCAAUUAUGAAAUAUCAUUCUCAUAAGAUGGCUGAGAUAAACGAUACAAUUCAGACCUUGUGGAACAAAACUUAUCAGGGAACAGACAUUGAUAACAUUUCAAUCAAGUCCGAAAACGAAAACGCCAAGAGCAAUCGAUCUUACAACUACCGAGUAGUAAUGAUGAAAGAUCAAGUCGAAAUGGACAUGAGGGGUCGUUGCUCUGCUGGCCAAAAGGUUUUAGCGUCGAUCAUCAUCAGAUUAGCAUUGGCUGAGUCAUUUGGGACCAAUUGUGGCAUUCUUGCCCUCGAUGAACCUACCACUAAUUUGGAUAAGGAGAACAUUGAUGCAUUGGCCAAUUCCUUAGCUGAAAUCAUCAAAGAGAGAAGGGAUCAGGCAAAUUUCCAAUUGGUAGUUAUUACCCACGACGAAGAUUUUCUGAAUAGAUUAGGUCAGGCUGAUGUUUUGGACAAGUACUGGCGUGUCAGUCGAAACCAGCAGCAAAAAUCGAUCAUUGAACGACAGCGGAUGAUCUAA